GGAGUCGUGUCAGUCUCGGACGAACAGCAAGAGCAACAAGAAACCACGAUGUUUCCGUAUCGAAGAUUAUUCUUAGCAGUGACAAUCUCGUUAACAAGUGUUGUACUUGGCGAUGUCAUCGUUCAACCCGGUUAUGACCAUUUCAGCAAAAAUCCAUACUAUUUGCAACCUGCUUCGCACCGAAUAAACUCUCAGACUGAACAAUAUCAUACGAAACAAUUACCGAACCAAGAAUUGCAGUAUCUUCAGGCUGCUCGAACGGUGUAUCCCUAUCAUGAAUCCAAAGAUUAUUCAUCAAAUCAAGUGGCCUAUCCAUAUCGCCAUGGAAUGUAUUCGCUAAGGCACCAUCCACAUUACGCAAGGAUAGGAAGCCAUGGAUAUUCGCGGCCUUCGGUAUUCGUCGGCUAUCGACAACCUUCGAUAGGACACUACCACUGGGGUAGUCCGUACCACCACCACCACCGGUACAGAAGGUCACUUGACUCCGAUUCUACAAACACGGAAUCCAGUGAAUCUGCGAACGUUGCACAUGACAAUGAUGUGGCCUCGAAGUCGCCCUUAACCGAUGAUAAACAUCCUAAAGCCACCGACUCGUUACUUCCAGAACAAGAGCCUACUGAUACUAAUGAUAAGCAUGUGGAGAACCGUCAGAUCACUUUUGAUCCUAUAACAGGUCCACGUUUAUUCGGCAUAUAUCCACAAAAUAUUAUACGAUUCCCUGAAGAACCCAUAAGGGAAAACACAAUGCAAGGGAUUAUGCAAGAUCCUUCCAUGCUCAAUCCGAGCAUAUUAAAUUUUGAUCAGAAUUCUCAGAAAAAUGAACAAGAUUGUACAUGUGGAAAUUCACAUCUUGUUAGUAAUAAGCCUUUUUCACAUGUAAGAUUUCCGAAGGAAUCUUCGAAUUAUGAUUAUAAUAGCGAAGCUGCAUCCCCGAGAUGGUCGGGGAAUUAUUUUGGUAAACUCCUUUUAGAUAACAUGAGACAUCAGUGGGCUGGAUACUAUCACACAUAUACUCCAUCAUAUACUUCACCAGCACCUAAGCCUCUAACACUGGAGUCGUUAUACAUGAAGCUCCUACGUAAAUAUGAGCUGCUGUUGCAGAUCGCCAAACAACAUAGCAUUCCAAUUCAAUUCCUAAUUCAGGCAAGACAAAACGACAUGCCUUUUUCUCAAAAGUUUUCGAGUACCACUGAUACACCGAUAACAAAAAAUGAAGAGGACGCUUCAUGGACACCGGAUACCAUUGAAAUAACACGUUAUCUUGAACAGGAUCUACCUGAAUAUAUGCCAUUAGUAAGUGAUUCCGAUCAAGAUAAUUAUCCGCACCAUUGUUUGAAUUGCCAUGAGAAUGCUCCAAACUAUUCUUCGGACGAUUCCAAGGACAAUUCAGAUUUCCAGAGAAACUCUAAUUCAGCUUAUAGGAUCGAGCCUUCAAUUUCGAUCCCUAAUUAUGAUCUUAACUAUGCCCCUGACAUCGAUAUCUCUGUUGUCCCUGACAAUGAAAUUCACAAAGAUUAGUGCUCGGAGCAAUUUGACCCCGAUGUGAUACCGCAGACGCAAUCUUUAGACGCGUACAAUUACCCGUCCCGAAAGAGAACACAUUCUACUAGAUUAUAGAUAUUAUAACAACUAUCCAAGAGUGAUACGCAACUUUAUGACACGUUUUCGUCACCAGUUUAUUAUUAGUAAGGCGCUUCUAUAGAUAUGACGCUGUUAUCGAUUCUUGCCACGUUACCUUGAAGUAACGAGUCGAUUGACCAUAAUGAUUUUCAUGUUCUAUUUAUUAUAAUUACUCUCAUGCACGUAUAAUUUUUUAUAAGCGC